CAUUAUUGAAACAUUGAAAUCUGUUAUGCUUUGUAUAUUUGCUUUUGUGGCUUAGUGGCAGAAUAGCCUCUAAACUAAUAAUGAUUGAAGUGGAUUAAUAAUAAUUAUUGCUGAUGGUUAUAUUAAUAAUAUAUUUGUAGACACACUAUUGUUAAGAACCUUCAUUACCAUACCCCACCGAAAUGAACGAAAAGUGAAAGUUCCUCUUGCGAAUUGUCGAUACAUAAUAUUUAGUUACACGCUGCGACUCAUUAUGGUUAUUGCUAAAUAAGUGUUAUUUUGAAAGACGAGGACCUUAACCUCCACAGAAAUGUGUAUUUAAUAUGAUGAUAAGAGAGGACACUUGCAGUUGUUCCAGUUUUCUACGCGAAGAAGUGCAGUCAAUACAAACACAGGAAAGUUACUGGUGUGUAAUGUAUCAAGGUUUGGUAUUCGACAGUAUUUUCAGGGACUCUUUUUCAGAAAUACAUCGACAUGAAAAAUGAUUUAUUGCUGAUUUUUUUCGGGUGCUUGCUAGCUUCAGUACUAUCACAAUCACCAGAUGAACAUGAAACAUAUGAGACAGAAUCCUACCGAACACAUCAUCGGCCAGGUCCUCUUGCAGUUCUUGGGAAAAAUAUAGGAAAAGUUAUCGAGGACACAGUUGUUCAAAAGAUAGUAGUACCAGGUAACUCAUUUCCCGACUCCGGUCGCACAAGAGCUGUUUUAGAAGAAAAAUCUCGAGAAUCUCCAGCCAUUCAACUGGAUAUUAAGUAUGGCAACCUGCAGCAGAAGUUUGCGGACUUUAACGACUACAAGCCUAUUGUGGACACUAUCAGUGAACACGAAAAAUAUGGAAAUGAUGGGCAAAAAGGAAGAGAUGUCGCCAAAAUAGCCAUUGAUGGCUUUGAGGGAUUCUCUAAUGUCCUGAAUUCACUCGUCGAGUUGCCUUAUACUGGAGUUAGGCAGUUUGGAAAGAAGCUGACGACCAAUCUUAAUGCAAUAGGUGGAAAACUAGUUGGAUUAUCCUGAGAUUUUUUUAUUCGAAUAUUGUUGUUUUAUAAAUAAAAAAAUGUAAAAUA